AUGACUAUGGCCACACAAUUUGCAGAGACAACACACCGUUCUCUAACACAAACCGACUUGAGACGCAGAGUGCUCCAAUUAUACCGUAAAUACAUUAGAAACGCUCAUGAAUUUGCCAAUUUGUAUGAGUUGGAUAUGCCAGUUGCUAGUAUAAGAACUAAAAUUAGACAAGAGUUUGAGAGACAGAGGUUUGUUUCCGACUUGGAAGUGAAUAAUGUUCUUUACGCAAAGGGACAAAUGGAGUUCCAGGAAUUGAUGAAUUUCUGGAAACAACAAUGUCAUGUGAUGAGAUACUUUGAUGAUCAAAAUGCCUACAAUACAUUGGACAAGAAUGACUUUGUAAAGAACUUUUUGAGAGGAAACUAA